UGGCGGCUGAUCUAGGUCCGCACCUUUUCCGGUAACACAGCCCCGCCACCGCUGUGCCUGACUGAACGGCUGGAGACACAGAGGGAGGAAGACAAAUCGAGAGCGGCAAGAGUGGGGGAGAAACGGCCCGGGGGACUGGGGAAUGGUCGCCGCAGACGCAGGGGGAAGAGAAGAAAGUCGGAUCAAUCAAUGACCGUUUGAGCGCUCCUCCUGUGGAUAUCCCGGUACUGAAGCGGACCGAGAAGGCUCUGAAUUGUCGCCGCCUUUUAGCGAAGAAAAUCGGCCUGCUUCGAAAUUCAUCAAGGGGUAAUAGGCUAAGUGUGGACAGCCGGCGGCCAAGAAGGAAGUGGGAUCCUCCGGCUUGGCCUGUGCCUGAUUAAUAUCGUCCUCUUUUGGUUGAAAGAACUACUUAAACCAGACUCUGCUCGGUCACCUGGUUGAAAAAGGAUCCUGUAAGCAGAGCCAACCAAUUAUUUUCAGGAUUUUUGGAGGAAGUGUGUGAUCUAAGCAGACUUUGAAAGAAGGGAAUGUCGUUUUUUCUUCUUACAUUGGAGGGCUGUGGAUCAUUAAAAUAUAUCCCCACCCAAAUUUAGGAAAGCUCAGCAUGAACUGUCCCCUCUGAUUGCUCAGGCCAGAUUACCUCAUUCAAACUAAUUGUACUGUAAAGACUUGAAAGUCACUGCCUUUCAGAUUUUUGACACUUGUGUCAAUCCAGUGUCAUCACGUGUGUAGCUUCACAUUGAACCUGGAAAAUCUCUGGUGUCAUAAAAACAAACUUUCCUCUAAUUAGAUUUUUUUCUUCUUCUGACGAAGUAUUUAUGCACAGUAAACAAGAUGGGGAAGAUGCUGUCAAAGAUUUUUGGAAACAAGGAGAUGAGAAUAUUGAUGCUUGGACUUGAUGCUGCUGGGAAAACAACCAUCCUGUACAAGCUGAAACUGGGACAGUCAGUCACCACUAUCCCCACAGUGGGGUUCAACGUGGAGACCGUCACCUAUAAGAACGUGAAGUUCAACGUGUGGGACGUUGGUGGCCAGGACAAGAUCCGGCCUCUCUGGAGACAUUACUACACAGGCACGCAGGGCCUCAUUUUUGUGGUGGACUGCGCCGACAGGGACCGGAUCGACGAAGCCAGGCAGGAGCUCCACCGGAUCAUCAACGACCGGGAGAUGAGGGAUGCCAUCAUCCUGAUCUUCGCCAACAAGCAGGACCUCCCGGACGCCAUGAAGCCCCACGAGAUCCAGGAGAAGCUGGGCCUGACCCGGAUCCGGGAUAGGAAUUGGUACGUUCAGCCCUCGUGCGCGACAACAGGGGAUGGACUAUACGAGGGCCUGACCUGGCUUACCUCAAAUUACAAAUCCUAAUGUUCCCUCCACCCACCAGCCUGGACUUUUCGAGACACACAAAAGUAGCAGAGAAUGAAACCAGAAAAAAAGGAUGCAAUUUGAAGCAGUUAAUUCAAUGAUCUCUUUGCUUAGUAUGUAUUAAAGAGAGAUUUACUUAUUGGUUUAUUUUUCGUUUUGAUAAUUACUUCACUUUAAUCCCAAAUUUUCAGUUAAGCAAAAAAAAAGUGUUUUAUUUUUAUUUUUAUUUAGUUCUCAGUCUGUGUAAUCAGUUCUGUUAAUGUACACAUCUUACUUUUGUGCUCUUACUGCAUUUGCUUUUGUUUCCCCCUUAUUAUUUUAUUGUUUCUUUUAGGGAGCUUACCUGAAUGGUGGCGCCCCAACUUAGCUCUUGUUCUGGACUCUCACAACCCAGCUACAUAUCCAAAGGACGGGAAAGUCCAGAAACCAUUUCCUAGAUCAGCAUAUCACUUUCAAGGCUCAAAAAAUGCCUGUUGUAUGUAAGAAUGUGUACCUUGGAUGUGUUUGGACCUUAACAAACUUCAACUGAUUGUACUGGGAUGAAUGAGAUGUGGAAGUUCCUCUCUCCUGUGCAGUGAUUCCAUCCAUCCAUAAUGUCUAAUGUGGACACUGGAUUUUCACACACUGUGAUAUGGUUAUAUAUAUAUAUAUAUAUAUUUGGUUGUUUCAGGGUCAGGAUCUGUUACCACCAUUCUCAUCAUCUCCACUCUUGUUUCUCUCAGAGCUUCCGUUAAGUGUUUGUAGUUUCAGCUGCCUUAGGACGGACCAGGGUUCCAGGUGACCCCUGAAACUGAGACAGUCACAACGGCGAAGGGUAUUCUCAGCCGCUGAGUUUGCACUUUGAAGGAGAGAAGGAGGGGGGUGAGCAACUUGCUGGCCGUGCAUAUUUUUAAUUUUCUUUAACUGACUUUUGGACUCCAGGUUUAAGGAGUUCUCAACCCCCCCACCACCUCCAAAACAGGUGCUUCUUUACUUUUGUUUUUGUUUUAAACAUCACCAGCUCGUUUUAGGUCCUGCAGCCAAUUCUUAUAAUAGUUUUAAAUCAUAUUGCUGUUUAAUUCUCCCCCCCCCCCUUUUUUUUUUUUCUUAUGCUAUGCUGUUCAAAUAAUAAAAGAAAUGUAUAUCCAGA